AUGAUCAGCCAUAUUUCAACCAUAGUUACCGACGAAAAGGAGGACAAGUACAAUCUAGUCGAGGACAUUUUAUCAGCAUCCAAUUACUACGAGGCAUUGGGAUUACCAGACAAUUCUUCCUUUGACGAGAUUCGCAGAGCUUACAUUCAGAAAAGUAGAAUAUGCCAUCCAGAUAAAUUCGUACCACCUUAUCCAAGAGCAACCAGAAGUUUUCAAGUACUAUCAGCAGCAUACAAUACACUGAGUCAACCAACGAAAAAGUUGAGCUAUGACACACACCAAAGAUCAGCUGGAUUAGAUCAUUAUACCACCUAUUGCUCCGAGGACAACGCAGUGGACGUAUUUCAACAAGUCAUUCGGCAGCUUUACAUUGAAAUCAUGGAAGGGGAAUUUCAAACAUUACGCACAGUGAUUCAUGCCAUGAAUGAAACGAAUAGACUGAUUCACAUCAAUGACGAUAUUUUGUCGAUUGCAGAAGUGGGCUUUCUAAAGAUCAGGGAUAUUUUAACCACCUCACAAAAGUACUACUCCAUCAUUCAGUGUGAGUUAUUGCGCUUGUAUGAUUUACAAGACGAACUGCGAAAUCUAUCUUACUUUGAUGUGUGGCGCCGACUCACAUUAUCUGUUUUGAUGGCAAAACUUGUUUUACGGAUACCUCUGAUUGUGAACAAGGCUAUCCAGCAAGACGACGACCUAGAUGGCACACCUAGCACACAUCAGGAGAACGGUGGCCUAUUAGGAUAUCAGAUUGAAUAUGGAUUAGAAAAGGCUAUCCGCUUGGUUGAAUCAAGUGAGGAAUACGCCUCUUUGUGGUGUAACAACGACGCUGCUGCUGCUUCUGAUAGAGUUUUAUAG